AUUUUUAACAACAGGAAGUAAAGAAACAGUUGAGUGUACUGUAUUCGGUGGGUAUGCUAAAUGUUUCGGCUGUACUGUGGUGCAAAAUCUCCGCUGAAGCUGGUGUUUUUAUCCGGCAGAAAUAUGUCGAUAGCGCCCACUGACCGUGGACCGGCGGGCGGUGACCAAAGCACCGACAACAGGUCGAUUCACUCGGACACCGUGGAGGAGGUCCAUAACAUCCCGAUGCAGGUCAUCAUCAGACCGUUUCCUCCAGUGCUGGACGAGCAGAAAGUCCAGAACCUGAUGGACACAAUAAGGGAGACGGCAGACAUCAGCGUUGUUCCUCCUAUUGAUGUGCUCUGGAUCAAAGGCAGAGAGGGAGGAAAUUACUACUACUCCUUUGGAGGCUGUCACAGGUUUGCUGCCUAUCAGAGGUUGAACAUGCAGACCAUUCCAGCAAAGAUCAUCAAAUCUAACAUCUCAGACCUAAGCACUUACUUGGGGGCUUCAACGCCUGAUCUGCGGUGAUGCUGGAGCAGCUUGGAGCUUUCCACCCCACCCCCCGCUUCAAAUGUACUUGCCUCAGGUGGAUCAUACAUAAUAUGGCUGUAACUCUCCUGUUGAUGACUGCAGAGUGAAGGCUUUGCCAGCAGGGGGAAAUGUAGCUCUUUAGUUAAAUAUGUUACAUUUUGUCAUUUGAAACAGCUUAAAUGUAUGCAUGUUAAUCAUGUGAUAGCUUUAAUGUUGCCAAAUACCACCUGCACAUACAAAUUUAACAGUUUUCUUCAAGUUCUUUAUUUAAAAAAUAUGACGCCUGAGAUUGGGCUAAGAUAAGUUUUUUUUAUUUUAUUUUUUUUAACUUAAAUCGACUAAUAGCGUGAAAGUAUGAAAGAGAAAAUGAAUUUAGCACAUCUUCAUCUUGGCUAUAAAAUGAAACCUUGAAGCAUCGAGCCCAAUAACGAUAGACAAAAGUGAGAGUGUCAAUCAUCUUACUUCAUGUAAAGAGAAAGGCUAGAAAACAAGGUACCAACUAUUUCAUAAACCCAAUUUUAAAAGUAUAACCCUAUAUAAAAUUAUUUACAACAAGCUCUCAAUUUUGCUGGUUUUAUUGGUGAUCAUGGAAUAAAUAUUACAACUAAUGUACCUACAUUUAUUAAUGAUUCAUUUUUUAAAUAGAAAUAAACACCAGUCUUAAAUUAACUGAA